GCGACCGCAUCGACCGAUCCGCUCGACCGAACAGCGCGGAUGUCGGACCGCCGGGUGUUGCGGCGCUCGGAGUGCCUGUUGGGCUCCGCACCCCUGCUGAGGACGCAGGUGGAACAGAGCAACCAGAACUGCUACACCUUCAACCAGCACGGAGCCCUGGCGGCCGCGAAGAGGCCCUCGCUGCAGCGGAGCUUGAGCGGCGGCCUGGAGCCCAGUGCCUGGGCCCCAGCCUCGGCGGUUCUGUCGAGUCCAUCUCUGCCCAGCUCCCGGCGCACCAUCGCGGUGGACCGAGGCAUCAGCAUCGAG